GAUGUCUGCACCCAUAAACAUGUUGACUCUUAUGUAAUUUUUUGCUGACAUGAAUGACAUGUUGUUCGUUUGCUGAUUUUUUUCAUGUGAUUGCAUUUGUUUUUUUUCAUUCUGUAAAUAAACGCCAAGUCGGAUCAAAUAUUAACGGUAAAACAGGAGAUAUUUGAAGCGAGAGUACGGUGUUUUUUUUUUUUGUCUGUGACUCAACUUCCUGGGUGGAGAUGCAGUGAGGGAGGGAUAGUGGACAGUGAAAACGCUGCACCACCGAGAGACAAAAGAGGUACGAAAAGAAGGGACAUAUUUCAAACAAACCGAACAGGUAUCUGCUCCCAUGGCGUGGGGGGAGAGCAGAGUCCCUCGAAAUUGUCGGGUUCACACACACAGGGACGUCAUACGCUUACAGCACCCGGCACUGGAAUACAGAUAACACAGCCACCAGGGCAGCCCCUAAUGGUUAAGGAAAUAUAGAUCUGCCUUCAGCCAGCCACUAGAUUGGGAAUGAGAAACGUACUGUCAUGCCUUAAAACGGCCAAGCUUCUGUAGAAGAAUAAUGUGCUACAGGUAAACCAUGAUUCCCAUCACUGAGCUUCGUUACUUUGUUGACACCCAGCCGGCGUACCGAAUUCUGAAACCAUGGUGGGACGUCUUUACCGAUUACAUCUCUAUUGUCAUGCUGAUGAUCGCUGUCUUCGGGGGCACCCUGCAAGUCACCCAGGACAAGAUGAUCUGCCUGCCGUGCAAGUGGGUGGUCAACAAAACUUGUGACGACACUCUGAGGCUCCCUACUGACCCCGUCGCCCACCUGUACGCCAAUUCCACCAUCACCCCUGUCCUUCCACUCCCGGAACCCAAAGGGAUAAAGUACGACCUGGACCGCCACCAGUAUAAUUAUGUGGAUGCUGUGUGUUAUGAAAACAAACUGCACUGGUUUGCUAAGUACUUCCCUUACUUGGUGUUGCUGCACACACUAAUUUUCCUGGCCUGCAGCAACUUCUGGUUUAAGUUCCCCAGGACUAGCUCCAAGCUGGAGCAUUUUGUGUCCAUCCUGCUCAAAUGCUUUGACUCUCCCUGGACAACGCGCGCCCUGUCGGAGACAGUGGUAGAGGAGAGUGACCCGAAGCCGGCCUUCGGGAAAAUGAACGGCUCUAUGGACAAGAAGGCUUCCUCGGUGAGCGAGGACGUUGAAGCCAGUGUGCCCAUGCUCCAGAGGACUAAGUCUCGCCUUGAGCAAGGGAUUGUGGACCGCUCCGAAACGGGAGUCUUGGACAAAAAGGAAGGGGAGCAGGCCAAGGCACUUUUUGAGAAAGUGAAGAAGUUUCGCACUCAUGUGGAGGAAGGGGACAUUGUAUACAGACUCUACAUCCGGCAGACCAUUAUCAAAGUGAUCAAGUUUGUGCUGAUCAUUUGCUACACGGGGUACUAUGUGAACAAUAUCAAAUUUGAUGUGGACUGCAUUGUUGAUAUUGAGAACCUCACGGGUUAUCGCAUGUACCGCUGUGCCCACCCUUUAGCCACCCUCUUUAAGAUCCUGGCUUCCUUCUACAUCAGUCUGGUGGUUGUCUACGGGCUGAUUUGUAUGUACACCCUGAGCUGGAUGCUUCGUCGCUCCUUGAAGAAGUACUCCUUUGAGUCUAUCAGAGAGGAGAGCAGCUACAGUGACAUUCCAGACGUGAAGAACGACUUUGCGUUCAUGCUACACAUGAUCGACCAGUACGACCCCCUCUACUCCAAACGAUUUGCUGUCUUCCUCUCGGAGGUGAGCGAGAACAAGCUGCGGCAGCUGAACCUCAACAAUGAGUGGACGUUGGACAAGCUGAGGCAGAGGAUCACUAAGAACUCCCAGGAGAAGCUGGAGCUGCACCUCUUCAUGCUGAGUGGGAUCCCUGACACUGUGUUUGACCUUCUUGAACUGGAGGUCUUGAAACUGGAGCUGAUCCCGGAUGUCACCAUCCCACCAAUCAUUGCCCAGCUCAUAAGCCUGAAGGAGCUCUGGCUUUACCACACGCCGGCCAAAAUUGAGGCCCCGGCUCUAGCCUUCCUGCGGGAGAACCUCAAGUCCUUACAUAUCAAGUUCACCGACAUCAAAGAGAUUCCUCUCUGGAUUUACAGUCUGAAGAACCUAAUGGAGCUCUACUUGACGGGUAACCUGAGCGCAGAGAACAACCGCUACAUCGUCAUUGAUGGCCUACGGGAACUCAAGCAGCUUAAGGUCUUGAGGCUAAAGAGCAACUUGACCAAGCUUCCUCAGGUUGUGACGGACGUGGGGGUUCACCUGCAGAAGCUGUCCAUCAACAACGAGGGCACCAAACUGAUGGUCAUGAACAGCUUAAAAAAGAUGGUCAACCUGACCGAGUUGGAGCUGAUCCGGUGCGACCUGGAGCGAAUUCCCCACUCCAUCUUCAGCCUUCACAACCUCCAGGAGAUUGACCUGAAGGACAACAACCUGAAGACCAUCGAGGAGAUCAUUAGCUUCCAGCAUCUUCACCGUCUCGUCUGCCUUAAACUGUGGUACAACCAAAUUGCCUACAUCCCCAUCCAGAUUGGCACCCUCACCAACAUGGAGCGGCUUUACCUGAACCGGAACAAGAUUGAGAAGAUCCCCAGCCAGCUGUUCUUCUGUCGCAAGCUGCGCUUCCUUGACUUGAGCCACAAUAAUCUCACCUCCAUACCAGCAGACAUUGGCUUCCUACAGAGCCUGCAGUACUUUGCUGUGACCGCUAACAGAAUUGAGGCUCUCCCACCCGAGCUGUUCCAGUGUAGGAAGCUGCGGACCCUGAACCUGGGCAACAACUGCCUGCAGUCCAUGCCCUCCCGUAUCGGAGAGCUGGCCAGCCUGACCCAGCUGGAGCUGCGGGGGAACCGGCUUGAGUGCCUCCCUGUGGAGCUGGGCGAGUGUCGGCUGCUGAAGCGCAGCGCCGUCAUUGUGGAGGAGGACCUCUUCAGCACGCUGCCCCCUGAGGUCAAGGAGCAGCUGUGGAGGGCUGACAAGGAGCAGGCCUGAGCAGCAAAUAGGUAACCGACAAAAAAAGAAUGCAAGCGAGAAGGCAAAAACGUGAAUCGGGGAAAAAAAAAAAAAAGACCCACCCGCCUGGGAACGGAAGUCCUGAGAGAAAGAGAAGGGGGUCUGAACAACAACAACAACAACAAAAGACAGCUUCUGGGUCCUCUGGGUCCUCUGGGUCUGGAAGUACGAGGAACACGGACACUUUUCGGUUAUGCACAGCAGGAGGGAAUCUGUCAUAAGGGAAAGUAAGGGAGCAGUCCAAAUGUUAUUGGAACUGAGGGAAUAACCCUUUCUCUGGAACGGAGGGAUGACUUUCGGCGCUGCCAUGUAGCAACCAUGACAACAGUUAACCUACAAAUGAAACUGCAAUUCAGACUUUUGACAGAUUUACAGAGCAGCUCGCAAAGAGGUGUUUUGACAGCUCUGUAGUUAGAAACUCAUCUGUAACUGAUGAGGAGGAAACCUCUCACUUUCAGUUGUAUUGGGUUUUCAAGGGGAAAGGAUUAUUUUACUUUAGCAACUGAGGUUAUAUGCACAGCAGAGCACGACUUCAUCAGUUAGAGCCUUUAAUCAGUACAAAAGUACAGAUGGAAUCCUUGUCUGGGCUCUCUUAAAAUUGCUGUUUUUGGGCGCUAAUGGGGCUGCGGUUGUCAAAAGCGUGCUGCAGGUGUGGCAAAGAGAAACAAACCUGGAUCGUUCCACAUCAAAUGGACCAAUGAUCCCUACCUCAUCGUUUCAGAUUAUUUUGAUAUUGCAUAUUAAUGUACCUAGAAGUGUUUUAGAUGAAUCCCAAAGUAUCAGCCCUCAACUUUUUAAAGUUAAGUUAUAGGGGUUACCUUGACGUGUGUAAACGAGCACUGAAAGGGAUCAUGUUUGAGAGGUCAGAUCUUUCAAAGUAUUCGCAAUAUCUUCUUGCAAGUACAAGUACAUUUUUAUUGGUAUCAUUGUAGUUUUUUUUUCUACAUUUGGUGCCAUUGCAUAAACAUUUGUGGUCCCUUUUCAGUGCUUGUUUUCAUCUGUAAUGAGAGUUGAGAGCUAAUAUUUGGGGAUUCUUCCUAAAACACUUCAAGGUAUGUCCAUAUAUCUAAAGAAUCUGAGAUGGUGAGGUGGGGAAGAUCCCAAAAUGUAGUCCAUUUGGGGAGGAAUGUCCCAUCUGCAUUUGGUCUAAAGAACACUAAUUUUCUACCGUCUUCACAGCAGGAGUGAGGAUCCCAUGAUAUUGUAGCUUUAUGACAAAUUGCAUGUAUACAUAGAGCAGUGGUAGUGGCAGGGAAAGUGCAUGGUAAAGGAAAAGCCGUGUGUUGAACCCACUUGAGGUGAUCGCAGUGGUUCACAGUACUUGACCAUGAUACUGUACCUGUGUUUGUGUGAAUAGCAAGAGAGCAUUUCUACUGGUAUACUUUGUGUGUAACUUACUGCAUUAUUUUAAUGUCCCCCUUCGUGGUUUGUUUUAUUUAAUGAAUUCUGUACCCAGGAUAGUCCUACUAAAUCGCCACAUCUUGUUUACUGGAAAGCAUUCCUGAUUAUGUUUAUAAGAUCCCAGAUCUUAUAUAUAUAUACACACUAUAUGUAAAGAGUUAAAAUAUCAAAGCAUAAAAACAGUAGCAUAUUGUGAUAGUCUGUUUUGACACCCAUAUAUUUUUAAUCCAGCAUGCAGGCUUAAAGGGGCUACCCUGUGUUCAUGUUUUCAGUAAUAAAAUGUACUUGGAUGGAAAUGUUGGUUGCUAAAUGUAGAGCACAUGUGCUGUUUUGGCCGUCACAGGUUGUAUGAAAGGUUCUGAGCUGUUGGAAUGCCAACAUUUGCAAAGGUUCCGUAUCAUCCACUAAAUCUUUUGGCAGUAUUGAUCUUGGUGUUCCAGCCGAACUUUCCAAAGAGAGAGGUUUAUUUUUAUUUAGAAGCGAGCUAGCAUCAUCAAAAAUGUUUUAUACAUAUAGUAUUAUUUAAACAAACAAGCUGAAUACUGCACAAUGUAACAGCUCAGAGAGGCGUUCUCACUGUCAUCAGGCAGCAGUCGCUGGUUAUGAUUUAAAAUUCCCCAAAAUAUCAGGUGGGUCAACUUGGAAACCUUUGCACACCAAUGACUGCAGAGGAUCCAGUUCCUGGUGUUUUGGUCACUUAUUGCUGAUUGCAAUAACCAGUGUUUGCCUUAAGAUGAGUACGCUGUAAAUGUGUAGUGUAUAUCUGGGGUGUUUUGAGGCCAGUAUGAUUUUAAUAUAUAUACUUUUAAGCUUUUAUGUUUUUAGCAAGACCCAAUCAUCAUAACAGCACUCCAUGUCUAAACACUGAAUCAUUAAAAAGGCUGGUAAUUGAAAAUGGGCUAAAUUUCAUGUGAUUCAUAAUUUGUUCUUGGAGCUCAUUUCUCUCGAAUCAACUACAGAUUUAGCAAUACUAUGCCAUUUUAUUGAUAUAUUAUUAUUAUUAUUAUUAUUAUUAUUAUUAUUAUUAUUAUUAUUAUAUCUCAUCUUUAUAAAUCAUUCAAAUAAUACAGCUCAGGGCACUAUGUUAGAUGGCGUCCCAGUGGCUGGAAUGUUAAGGGUUAAACAAUGACUCUCCUAUUUGGGAACUAGAGGGGGGGGGAGUGGAGAAGGCAUAUUGUAAAUGCAAUUUUUAUGAACAAAUCACCCCCUCUCCCUUUUCUGUUUCCCUCCUGUAACCGGCUUCCUCCUCCAGUUCAAUCGCUUAUGUAAACCCCUAUGGAAACUCCACUGCUGUUUGGAAUAGGUGUGUGACUUUGAUCUGUAUUUCUGCUAUUGGGUGUAUUUAUCAACAGACUGUGACAUUCCCAAAGUGGAAGGAUCAAGAGGAUUUGUGCUCGGGCGCAAGAAACCUACUUUUUUGCUCCGUUGCAAUACCGUAGCAAUCCAAACUGGAGCCAUGCGUACACCUGAAUACGAACACUUAAAUCAAACAGAUCCAAGUUCAACAGAAGGAAAAACCAGCAGAUAGUAUUAAGACUGUGUUCUACAGUAAUUAAUCAAACUUGUAUAUCCUUGGAGUGAAAACAAAUAAUAUACAGUAACCCCCCCCCCCCCCCCCCCCCACCCCCCCGAAUCGAUGUGCAACAAUAGCUGUUGAUUUGCUGUAAAACCGAUACGCUUGAUGGAAUGGGGGGAGGGAGGUGUUGCUUUCUUUAUCUAGUAACUUAUUUCCCUAGUUGCCAGUUAAAACGUAUUCACACUUUUCAUGGCUAACUGAGAGAGUAGAUGCUCUGAGAAAGCACUGAAUUUACACACCCGUGUUUUCGUAAACCAAGUGCACCAGUGCUUAAUAGUGAACAUGCUUGAACAAUACUUUAAACUAAAACACUGAUGGACUACUGCACACUACAGUGGACUAAUAAACUGGCUAGUGCAUAAAUGGUAACACCAGUUUGUACAGAAACACAUCAUUGCACACUUGCAUAUGCUCUGUGAAAUAUUGUUGCAUAAUAAUGUCUUGUACUUUGUAACGCACCAGAAAGUGCAAUACAGAACACCAUUCUUUAACAGUUUUCAAUAAACCAUACUUGUCCAUUAAUGUAAA